AUGGCUGUCGGGAUAAACGCGAUGCCGGUGACGUUUGCGGCGCACGUGGUGGCUUUAAUCGCGGCGAUUAUGGUGUUGGUUUGGAGUAUCAGUUUCAGAGGUGGAUUGGCUUGGGAAGCUGAAAACAAAAAUCUCAUCUUCAAUCUUCAUCCUGUUCUGAUGCUCAUCGGAUUCAUAAUCUUGGGAGGAGAAGCAAUUAUAAGUUACAAAUCCCUCCCUCUGGAGAAACCAGUGAAGAAGAUUAUCCACCUUAUUCUCCAUGCAAUCUCUCUGUCACUCGGUAUCUGGGGCAUCUGCGCAGCUUUCAAGAACCACAACGAAAGUGGAAUCCCUAAUCUCUACAGUCUCCAUUCCUGGAUUGGUAUUGGUGUCAUCUCUCUUUACGCCUUCCAGUGGCUGUACAGCUUCAUAUUGUUCUUCUACCCAGGAGGAUCACCAAACCUGAGAAGCGGAUUGCUUCCGUGGCACGCACUGCUCGGGCUAUUCGUUUAUGUGCUUGCUGUUGGGAACGCAGCUUUAGGGUUCCUGGAAAAGCUGACUUUCUUGGAGAGUGGGAAGCUUGACAAGUACGGAACCGAAGCAUUUCUUGUCAACUUCACGGCCAUUGUCACCAUUCUCUUUGGUGCCUUGGUGGUGCUCACUGUUUCUGCUAAGUCUCCUUCCACUCCCUCUCCCGUUGAUGAUGAUGAUGAGACUAGCUACAGCUAUUCCGCUAUAUAA